AUGCUGCUCCUCACCCUCUCCUGUUUAGCUUCCCUGACCAGCAGUGUCCAGGCAGGCUGUGGCCUCCGACCAUCCUACGAGUCCUUCCAGAGCACUGGCAAGAGGAUUGGGACAGGGACAGACGUCAUCCCCGGGGAAUUCCCGUGGCUCGUGAGCAUCCAGAGCCACGGGAAGCACAUCUGUGGAGGCGCCAUCAUCAGUGCCCUGUGGAUUCUAACUGCAGCACACUGCUUUGCAGAUAAGCUGCCACCAGACCUGAUGGUGGCAGUGGGGGGAGUGAACCUCAGCCUCCCUCUGGAAGAGUGCAACCCAGACAGCCUCAUCCUGCACGAGGAGUUCAACAGGACCAGCCUGCAGAACGACAUUGCCCUGAUCCUGCUCAGCAACCCCAUCGAGUUCAGCACUGAGAAGAUUCCCGUCUGCCUGCCCUUCGUGUAUGACAGGGACAAGUGGCAGCACUGCUGGGCUUCUGGCUGGGAGAACACCAGUGCAGUCUCAGCUUCCCCUGUGCUGCAGAAAACAAAGGUGAAGCUGAUCAGCAGGGAGGAAUGCCUGAAGCACAUCCCACACCUCGUGGGGGGCGUGAUGUGUGCUGAGACAGAGCAAGGAGAAGGAGAAAAAGGAGGAGGAAGAGGCUGCCAGGUGGACAGCGGGGGACCUGUGAUCUGCAGCUACUGGGACACCAUGAAGUGGUUCCAGGUUGGCAUCAUCAGUGGAGGAAACCCAAACCACAGGAUUUUGACACCUGUUUUCAGCUACCAGGAGUGGAUUGAGAAGGAAACAGCCAUAAGGGGAAAACCUUUCUUCACUGAGGGUGUGGACAGUGGAACACAUGUCAGGGUUGUUCGUUCCAGGGCUGGAACACAGGUGGUAUUUCUGGGGUAUUUUCUCCUUUUAUUCAUCUUUUUAAUAGCAAUUAAAUUACCCUGA